ACUUUCUCGCCGGGGCUGGACAUUUUAAAGAGAUCGUCCAGACCGACACGUGUCUCCAAAUAAAAAAAACACUACCGGAGAAAGAGGAGGAAAAAAAAUAAUCUGACAUUCCACAACUUUUUUUGUUGUUGUUGUUGAUAAUACAAACUACUUGUAAAUUUUUUUUAGGGUUUUUUUUUAAAAAAAAAGUUUUAACUCCCUCAGAGUCCAGUCGAAUGGUGACUGCGUUUAUUCCCCGAGUGUCUCCUAUUUUUGGUGGUGGUGGUGUUGGCUCCCAGACUCGAACAAGGAGUUGUUCUGUUCCGACCGCCAUCCUUCCAAAAAAAAGUUUUUUUUUGGAUGAAGUUUUUAAAGAGUUGUUAGUUGGGACUCAUCGCGCAGGCGCAGAGAGACGAGCGCCGCAAAUUCAAACGUGAAUUUCGAUCUCUUCGCUUUUGAGAGGCGAAGGGGAAAGAGAAGGAGGGUAAAGUAUGGUAGACAGGGGGCCCUUACUGACCUCAGCUAUCAUCUUCUAUCUGUCAAUCGGUGCUGCCAUUUUCCAAGUAUUGGAAGAGCCAAACUGGAGAGAAGCAGUGAAUCAGUAUGAACUGAAAAAGUCUCAGAUCCUUAAAGAACACCCGUGCCUGACUCAGGCUGAUCUGGAAAAGAUCUUGGAGACUGUAGAAGAGGCUGCAGGGCAAGGUGUCACCAUCACUGGCAACAGGACCUUCAACAACUGGAACUGGUCUAAUGCGGUUAUUUUUGCUGCAACAGUUAUCACCACAAUCGGUUAUGGAAACAUUGCACCCAAGACGUCACAGGGCCGCCUAUUCUGCAUCUUCUACGGGCUGUUUGGCACACCACUCUGCCUCUCCUGGAUCAGUGCAUUGGGGAAAUUUUUUGGAGGACGAGCUAAAAAGCUGGGUGAAGCCUUGACCAAGAAAGGCAUAAGUCCACGGAAGGCCCAGAUUACCUGCACAGCAAUUUUCAUUGUAUGGGGUGUCCUGGUGCAUCUAGUAUUGCCACCCUUUGUCUUUAUGGUGACUGAAGGCUGGUCAUACAUUGAAGGCUUGUACUACUCUUUCAUCACAAUAUCCACCAUUGGGUUUGGAGAUUUCGUGGCAGGUGUAGACCCAAAGGCCAAUUACCACAUCCUUUACAGAUACUUUGUUGAGCUUUGGAUCUACCUGGGUCUGGCAUGGAUUUCCCUUUUUUUCAACUGGAAAGUUAGCAUGUUUGUCCAGGCACACAAAGCCAUUAAGAAACGCCGGAAGCGAAUGAGGGAAUCUGUGGUAACCGUGUCAAGCACCCAGCCUCUGAACUCCAAAAUAUCAGACUCCAAAAUUUCAGAGUCCACUGAGGUAAACAUUUUUCGCUUCCUUUCUAAAAAGCAAGAAAGCUACAAUGAUCUCAUCAAGCAGAUCGGCUCAAAGACUUUGAAGAAUAACAGCAGCAAGCUUUUGGGUGUUGAGGUCCCAGCCAAACCCAUGACUACGGACGAUGGUAAUGGUAAGCUCGGAGCAGCUCAGUCGAAAAAAACAACAGGUCUGAAAAGAUUCUGUUAUGAGCCACCCAGCUUGCCAGCUAUUGAAGACACUGAGAUUACAGUACCACUAAAUGAAGGCAAAGAUUCAAAUUCACAGCCAGAUUGCACUCUGCAGGAGAACCAACUGGAUAAAACCACCCGAGAAGACCGCUUGUUGUGGGACACUCGCUCCCGCCCACCAUUGUUCUUUGAGAAUGUCAACAUCAGAUUCAUAGAUGAACAAAACCUUCUCAGUGAUGAUGAGAAGGUGGAAUUGUCAUUGGAAGAGAACUUGGUGGACGAGGGAGAGUCUGAUGUUUUGGUACAGACGCCAGACACAAACCAUUCAGGUUUUCAGGUGUGUAAGCUGGGAGAUCCACCUGACUAUGAACAGCUGAUGAAUGGAUAUAACAAAGUGCGCAAUGUUGAAGUGGUAAUAUAACCAAAGGCAUCUGGGAUCCACUUCUCCAAACUUUCUCCUAUAUUACAACUUUGUUCAUUCAGCACUAGGACCUGAACAAAAAGGGACAGCCGUCACCCUGUUAGUUUGGAGGAGCUGCUAAUGACAUUUGGCUGUUAGUCAAAACACCUCCAAGGUACAAGCGCAAUCCUUUUUUUAUUUAAAAAAAAGGCCUUAGCUGGAAAGGAAACAUCCCUCUUCUAAAUGGGAGAGUCGGACAGCAGAACUUUCUGCAGAAAUGUUGACUGAUGAAACUGUGACCAAACCUAAGUCGUUUCCAAGUGUAAAGAUAAUCAAAUAAUUCUUGCUAUAUAUAUGUAAUAUAUAUACUGUGAGCAUUUUUCUUUGAAUUACCAGUUUUAACAAAAAAUAGCAUUUUAAGAUUUUAAUUUUGAGCCAAGAAAUGUAGAUAUUGAACAACGCAGUUGUUUUUAGUUUUAAGUAUUUCAAGGUGGUAUUGGUACAGUUUUCCUUCUGACCUGAAUUCAUUGAAGUACAAUUCAGAAUGUCCACAUUUUGCAAUUUGAGAGAUUCAGGUUCAAUUGGGAUUCAGAUGGCUUGUUUCAGUGAUUUGUCAGGACAUUUUUAUUUCCCUGUCCCUGCCCCUGCCCCUAAGUGUAAAGCCAUUUCUAAUGCAGAUUGUGUAACAGUCUGGGAGUUUGUGUGCACUAUACUGAAUCCUAUCCUAGUCACACUCCUCCAGCCCUAUAUUCUUGAUUUUGAUCUGCACCUUAUGAGUGACACUUGUGUCUGUUUUAUGUGUAUUUUCACCUUUUGAAUUUUUCCAAUAAUACUCCCAACAGAAAUUAAACUUUCUUUUUCUAUUCUGGGCUAUCUGAUGCAAAUCCAGAAGAAAAUGAGUGGGAAAUCAGUAUGCUCUGAAUAAGCCAAAAUGGUGUUUUCCAGAAAUGUUUCCAGAGGAGGUGACAAAAUUGCAGGCAGAACCUGGUGGUGAUCAUCAGAAGUUGCCUAUCAAUUCACGAGAAUCAGACUCCUGUUCUUUUACUCCCUAGCCACCUCUGCACACCAUCAAAAUGUGUUUUGACUUGUAAAUAGUGGUGCAACUGAGCCAUUGGUCACUUCUGUUUCUCUACACUGUUACACGCCAACUCCUCAGUCGUGAGCAGUAAACUUCUUCAGUAGAAACUGGAAUGCUUUUUUUGUUGGCACUUAAUUGUUUACAUUUGUUACGAAGCUGGUACUAAUUUCAGUGACCAGUGGGUAUAGCUGCUUGUGUUUUGGAGGAAGAGCAAUGGGAGAUGAAUUCAGGCACAGAGCCAGCCGAUGGUACAUUGGUCAGGCCACAAGCAUGGCAAAAAGUGCAAUCACUACAGGUGCAUGAUCACUGACGUUCAUUCGUUCCUGGAGCUGCUUCUAUUUGAGAAGACUUAACAGUUACAGAAUGGUGGAGCUACUGCUGGAACUCAGCUUAAUCGGGCGUUUUCCUUUUUUUUAAAUGUGAAUUCGGAUAGCCUGAAGAAGGUGAUGUGUCCCAAUAAUUCCAGGCUGCUGUUGUGUUUUGUGUUAGUGGGAUUGCAUACCAAAAAUGGCCCAAUGUCCUGGUGGUACCAUGAUUAUAAGAUCUGAGGCAUUGGGUACCUCUCCUUAAUUGAGGUGAGGAUAGGAAAAUUGGGUGCAAACAUUUAACAUACCUGAUUUAUUGCCACCCCUGUUUUUUUUUUUGCAAAUAGCUUAAAGUUAUUUUUGAGGAUUGUUGCUCCAGAAUCUCCUUAUUAACUAACGAUGAUCAUCAAAAGUUCUCAUUUAUAAUAAGUUGCUAUCUACCAUUGUUGAGGAACUGUAUGGUGAGGCAUUGGUGUGUUUUUAAAGCCUCAUUGUGAAUUGAAGGAUCGCAGAAGUUUUAAAAAGUUUUACUUUUUUCUUGUCUUCAGUCGAGUAACUAGUCAAGCAAAUGGAAAUUGACUAGUUACUCUAUAAAACACACACCCCGCUAGACCAUUUUUGAUGACUCCAGUGAAAGAUGUUGCAUGCAAUUGUCUCCAGUGUAGUAACGGUUUAAUAACCAUUUUCACAUAUCAGGAUGCUCCUGCCCUUUCACCUUGUGUGUUAGGUGGGAAUACCUUUGUUAUGGAAAUGCAUUGUAGAGACACACAGACAUCAAUUGGCCAGCCUACCCCUGGCUAAAUGUCUCGUUAUUGGAGACAUUGCACACCAACUCCAUCCUCCCCCCUCCAAUUUAAAAUAUGUGAUCAGUGAAGUCUUUAGACGUCUCUGCUUAAUAAAACCAAGACUUGACUCUGUUGAAUGCUGGAAGCCCAACUGUAGGAAGUCCAUUGCAGAGCAGAGACUGGGUGACCUUGCCAUUAAAAACCAAAGUAAUGACAGGUCAUGGAGCUUAAAAACUGAAUGCAGUGGCUGUCUUGUUACUAGAAAUCCAUUGGCAAGUAUCAAUCAUGUGAUAGUUAGCUUGGGUAUGCCAGUCACUUUAUUUAAAGCGGCAUUUGUGAGGAAGGAUACAAAAGCCCCGAAGGUUGGGGCGGUCUAAUAGUGUAUAAGCUGUAAAGGUGUAUGAUUUGUCAAGUUGAGUAGUUUAAUUGUCUCCACACACCCCCCUCACCUCACUCUCACACAUAGACAUGAGGAAAAAAAUCUGUAGCACACUUUUUUUCUGAAGGGGGUCAGUGUCGAAUGACUUUACAAGACUGGCUGCAUAGGAAGGUUUGAGACUUCUUACAGUUAAGGAAUAGGUUAUAACUAUAUCUAUCACUCACUCCAUGUAUUGAAAUAACUGUUAAACUCCAGAACCCUGUUUGUUGUAUUUAUUCCUUGAAAUGUCCUGUAUUAAGUGCUGUCCUUUCCUGGUUCUCUGUUAAUUGUGGACCUAAUUUAUUUCUAUAUUCAUUUUAAAAUGUAAAUAAAUGUUUUGAUAUGUACAAUGUGAAA